CAAAGAGAGAAAAUAAAAAGAGAUAGAUGGGAAGAAAAGAGAAAGAGAGAGAACAAGAAAAAGCAGGGGGAGAGAAGAAAGAGAGAGAGAGAGAAUCCUAAGAGGACAGAGCAGAGCAGCAAAAGAGAGGAAGAGGGAGAGAAGAAAAAAGAAGAAACAGAGAGAGAAGGAGAGAGAAAGCUGCAGUUUGAGUGGGUGUCGCUCUGCUAUUAUUAGUGGCUCCUCCUGUCUUGUUUCCUGUGAAAAGCUCCCCCUGGUGGCCACGCAAUGCAGGCGCAGGAUUUGAUCCGGCAUUUCCGGGUGCCCGACCUGGGCGACAUGAGGCAGUAUGUGCAGAGUUUGCCCACCAACAUACUGAUGGGCAUGGGGGGGUUUGCCGCCAUCACCACCUACUGGUAUGCUACAAGGCCCAAAGCUCUGAAGCCUCCCUGCGACCUCACCAUGCAGUCUGUGGAGAUUGAGGGUGGAGAAUAUGCCCGCCGAUCAAUCCUAUUGGACGAUGACAAGCUCAUGACCCACUUCUAUAACGACGCCCGGACAAUGUACGAGGUUUUCUUACGAGGAAUUAAAAUGUCCAAUAACGGUCCUUGCUUAGGAUCGAGAAAACCCAAACAGCCAUAUGAAUGGCUUUCAUAUCAAGAGGUUGCAGAUAGAGCUGAAAUGAUUGGCUCUGCGUUGCUUCACAGAGGCCACAGUCAAGCUGGAGACAAAUACAUUGGCAUCUUUGCCCAGAACAGACCUGAGUGGACCAUUUCAGAGCUGGCCUGCUAUACAUACUCACUAGUGGCCGUUCCACUGUACGACACACUGGGCGCUGAGGCCAUCAGCUACAUUAUAGACAAAGCGCUUCUCUCCACGGUGAUCUGCGACGUGGUGGAAAAAGCACGGACGAUUCUGGAUUGCGCGUCGGGCCGAGAGCACAGCAUUAAGACCAUCGUGUUGAUGGAAGCAUUUGAAAGCGAGCUCACGGCGCGAGCUCAGAAAGAGGGCAUCCAGAUCAUCAGCUUGAAGGAGCUGGAGGCUACAGGCAAAGCCAACCACAAGAGGCCGAUGCCUCCGAAACCAGAAGACCUGGCUCUGAUCUGCUUCACCAGUGGAACUACUGGAAAUCCGAAGGGAGCGAUGCUCACGCACGGCAACGUUAUCUCCAACUGCGCCGGCUUCAUCCGAAUAACAGAGAUACACUGCAUGCUCCACCAUGAUGAUAUUCACAUAUCUUACCUUCCCCUUGCUCACAUGUUCGAGAGAGUGGUGGAGUGUGUAAUUCUGGUGCAUGGAGCGAGAAUAGGAUAUUUCCAGGGUGAUAUCCGGAUGUUGAUGGACGAUCUGAAGACUCUGAAGCCCACUGUGUUUCCAGUCGUCCCCAGACUUCUCAACCGCAUGUUUGACAAGAUCUUUGGGCAGGCUAACACACCGCUGAAGCGCUGGCUCCUGGACUUCGCCACCAGGAGGAAAGAGUCGGAGCUCCGCAGUGGUGUUGUGAGGAAGGACAGCAUGUGGGACAAACUGAUCUUCAGCAAAGUCCAGGCCAGUCUGGGUGGGUGCGUGAGGCUGAUGAUCACCGGAGCGGCACCAGUUUCCCCCACAGUCCUCACAUUCCUAAGGGCUGCUCUGGGUUGCCAGUUUUAUGAAGGUUACGGACAGACAGAAUGCACUGCGGGAUGUUCCAUGUCCAUGCCCGGAGAUUGGACGGCAGGUCACGUGGGAGCUCCUUUGCCGUGUAACUACGUCAAGCUGGUGGAUGUUACUGACAUGAACUAUCGUGCAGCAAGCGGGGAGGGAGAGGUGUGUGUGAAAGGACCAAAUGUGUUCCAGGGCUACCUGAAGGAUCCAGAGAAGACGGCAGAGGCCAUUGAUAAAGAUGGAUGGUUGCACACAGGAGACAUCGCCAAGUGGCUUCCGAACGGAACUCUGAAGAUCAUCGACAGGAAGAAGCACAUUUUCAAGCUUGCUCAGGGAGAGUACAUCGCCCCAGAGAAGAUAGAGAACGUCUACAUUCAGAGCGAUCCUGUGGCGCAGAUUUUUGUUCAUGGAGACAGUCUGCAGGCGUGUUUAGUGGGGAUUGUGGUACCAGAUCCUGACUUCCUUCCAGGUUGGGCCAAGAAUAGAGGCCUUGAGGGCUCCUACACAGAUCUCUGCAAGAGCAAGGAGCUUAAAAAUGCCAUUUUGGAGGAUUUAGUGCGGCUGGGGAAGGAGGCCGGUCUGAAGUCCUUUGAGCAGGUGAGAGACAUCGUCCUGCAACCUGAGAUGUUCUCUGUCCAGAACGGCCUUUUAACGCCCACCCUGAAGGCGAAGAGAACUGAGCUGAGGAACUACUUCAGAGAGCACAUCGACCAGCUGUACGCCAGGAUCAAGAUGUGAACACGACCCGAGAGAUCGAGUGGGGCAGGGGGAGACGAAGGGGGGGGGGGG